AUGAAGGUCCACCUGCUGUUCUCAUCCUACGGUUUUGUCUUGGUUUGUGUUUUUGACUUGGCUGCCAUUCAUUUUUUUAAACCAGGGCUGACUGUGUCUCCAUCAUGGCUGAAUCCUGCAGCCUCAGUGACUCUGAGCUGUGAGGUUAAACCUUCAUCUGCAGGAUGGAGGUUCUACUGGUAUAAAAUUGUUCCUGAUCUGUCACUGAACAACUACAGACCUGAGCUGCUGCCUGAUCCUCAUCCAGCAGCUUCUCUCUCAGUGAGUCCUGACAGAGAGCAACACUUCACCUCUGAGUCUGUGACUCUGAACUGUGGAGGAAACUCUGCUAAAUGGAGAGUGAAGGAGUUUAGAGAAAUAAUCUCUGGUCGCCAGUUGUCAUAUUGCUCCAACUGGUGGGAGAUGACUGGAUCCUCAUGUACCAUUAACAGUCACUGGUCCCAUAAAGCAGUGUACUGGUGUGAGUCUGUAUCAGGAGAGUUCAGCAAUGCAGUCAACAUCAGCAUAAAUGAGGCACCAGAUUCAGUCCUGACUGUGUCUCCAUCAUGGCCGAGUCCUGGAGCCUCAGUGACUCUGAGCUGUGAGGUUAAACCUUCAUCUGCAGGAUGGAGGUUCUACUGGUAUAAAGCUGUUCCUGAUCUGUCACUGAACAACUACAGAUAUGAGCUGCUACCUGGUAACAUCAGUGGGACUGUAGAGAACUCCUUCAUCAUUACUGGACAGAAACACACAGCAGGAUUUGCAUGUAGAGCUGGAAGAGGAAACCCAGAAUAUUUCACUAAAUACAGUGAACCAAAGUUCAUCUGGUCUGCAGAUCCUCAUCCAGCAGCUUCUCUCUCAGUGAGUCCUGACAGAGAGCAACACUUCACCUCUGAGUCUGUGACUCUGAACUGUGGAGGAAACUCUACUGAGUGGAGAGUGAAGGGGUUUAGAGAAAUAAACAAAUGGUCAUUACUGUCAGAUUGCUCCAACUGGUGGAAGAUGACUGGAUCCUCAUGUACCAUUAACAGUGACUGGUCCCAUAAAUCAGUGUACUGGUGUGAGUCUGUAUCAGGAGAGUUCAGCAAUGCAGUCAACAUCAGCAUAAAUGAUGAAGAUCUUCUCCUGGUGAGCCCCGUCCAUCCUGUGACUGAAGGAGCUUCUGUUACUCUGAGCUGCAGACUGAGAGGAGAAAACCAACUUUCUAAUGUGUUUUUCUAUCAUAAUGACAAACUGAUCCAAAAUGACAGCAGAGGAGAGCUGAAUAUCUCUGCAGUGUCUCAGUCAGAUGAAGGUUUCUACAAGUGUAAACAUUCAGGAAAAGUUUCACCUCAGAGCUGGAUGGCAGUUAAAGCUUCUCCCAGACCUGAAAACACAUCAUUUCCUGUUCUGUUGCUCAUUGGAUCAGUGAGUGGAGUCAGUCUGAUUAUUCUCCUGAUAUGUUGCUUCAAACAGUCAAAAGACGCAGAUGACGCCCAAGAUGUCACCUACUCUCUGAUUGAAUUUAAAAACUCUGGACACAGGAGUGAGUUCCUCUACUACAUGCAUUACGCAGGAUAA